CCGGGCAGGACUUGAGGGGUGUGAGAGGGACAGGCAGGGCAGGGAUGAGCAGGGCGGGCAGCGCUUGAGGGUAUGAGGUUGUGAGGGGGCCGGGCAGGACUUGAGGGGCGUGAGGGGGCCGGGCCGGGCCGGGCUGAGGGUGUGAGGGGGCCGAGCGCGGCUCCUGCGCCUUUGUGGCGCUGUCCCCGCCGCUCGUUUUGUCGCGCUGUGUCGCAGCGUGGUGGCGGAGCAGCCCAUCCUGCUGCUCUUAUCCAGACAAGGCUCCGUCCUGUGGGCUCUGCCGCCGCCUCCCUGCCGAGAUCCGGCUGUUUUGGGGUCACUGCUGCCAGCUGUCAUUAGUCUUUAAUGAAUUUAGAGUUCUCUAAGAUUAGACACGAGGGUUUUUUUUUUCUUCUGUAGCCUCUGAGUGCAGAGCGCUGUGGGAAUUACCGGUGAAAGAUCCUUUUUAUUCUUGACCAAGGUGGCUGUGGCUCCCGGGGGAGAGACCCCUCAGGUGGGCUCUCGGUUCUACAAAAGCCUUGACGUGCCACUCCCAAGCUGGCUUCAGGCAUCAGAGAAAGGAGAACACGGUGUAAUUUUGGCUGAAGUGCUCAGCUUCAAGACCACUUUUUUCGUUACAGCUUGAAGGGAUAUGAAGCCAAUUGGAAAAGUGCUUUGUGCUGCAGGGGUUGUAGCUGGGCUCAUAGCUUUCUUCUGGAAAGAUGACUUUAACCCAGAGAGCCUGUCUGGUGCCCGUGUUCUUGUGACUGGAGCCAGUGCUGGGAUUGGAGAGCAGAUAGCAUAUCACUAUGCCAGAUUUGGUGCUGAAAUUGUGUUGACUGCCAGAAGGGAAGCUGUGCUGCAGAAGGUGAUGGAGAAAUGCCUGACGCUCGGAGCAAAGAAGAUAUUUUAUAUCCCUGCAGAUAUGUCUUCUCCUUCAGAGCCUGAAAAGGUGGUUCAGUUUGCUGUCCAAAAGCUGGGGGGCCUGGAUUACCUCGUGUUGAACCACAUCGGCACCAACCGCUUCCAGGAGUGGGCUGGAGAUGUGGAAUACACCCGCUGGCUCAUGCAGGUGAAUUUUUUGAGUUAUGUGGCUCUUGCAACAGCAGCUCUUCCCACCCUGGAGAAGAACAGAGGUGCUCUGGUGGUUGUUUCUUCCCUCACAGGGAAAAUGCCCACUCCCUUCACCACUUCUUACUCUGCCACCAAGUUUGCCCUGGAUGGAUUCUUCAGCUCCCUGCGCCACGAGCUCAUCAUGCAGAAGAGAGAUGUGUCAGUCACACUGUGCAUCCUGGGCCUGAUUGAUACUGAGUCAGCACUGGAGUACACCAGGGGCAAAGUGCACCUCAGUGCCUCCCCCGCUCCCGAGGCCGCGCUCGCCAUCGUCCGGGGCGGAGCCGCUCGGGCACAUGAGAUUUUCUACCCGCGGUGGCUGCAGCAGCUCUGCUGCCUCUGGGCUCUGUUCCCCAGCAGCGGCAACCAGGUGCUACGGACUUUCUAUAACUACAGCAGUCCCUGAGGCAUGCCCAGUCUCAUCCUACAGCCCUUCUAAUCACAUUCCUGCCAUCCCACUAAGCAUCCCACUCAACCACUGCUGUCAAGCAGGGCAGCAGUGGUGGCAAAGUCCCAUUUUCCUAACAUGACUCAUGGUCUGUCAUCAUGCUUCAGCCAUGGUUCUGCUGCUGUUACCCAUCAGUCAGAGAUCUUUCCCACUGUUCACUCUGCCUUAGCCCUCCUCCCAUCUCCCCUCCUCCUUCAGCCUCACCUCACUUUGACAGCAUCCAGCUUUGCUCAGCCCCAGCUUUAGCCCCUGUCUGUCUGCACAGGAUGUCCUGCAAUGGCUGUACAUUCCUGGGACAUCCUUCCUCCACUACUUUUGGAUCCCAUGAACCCUCUUGCUUCCUCUAAGUAGAAUUUUUAUCUCUAUUUUAAUUAAACAAGUUUUUAAUGUGUUGGUGUUAUGAGUUGAUGCUUCCCCUGUGAAGAAAUACUGGUCCCCUGGAUUCUGUGGGCCAAGGCCUGUUUGCUGACCCUGUGUGACCGGUUCAAUCAGCCCAGGGCUUUGGCAAUGUCUUCAAGUGUAAGCAUUACCUAAAAGCAGGUGCAGCUAACAACAGGAAGUAAAGCCCCAGGUACUUAGCAAGUAAAACUUUUAUUAAAUAAAUUUAGGAUUUUUUUUGACCAGAGUGAGGAAUUUGACAUUGACAAAGCUUGUAUCGCACCUGUAACAUUGUACAGUCACAUCAGUAACUGUGAUGGAAGAAACUGUAAAUGCUUGUUUUAAACCAGCUUGACCUAGGAUUCCCAAAGUCCUUUUUUUUUUCCCAUUUUGCAUUUGUUCAUAUUUUUUCUUUUUUUUUUUUGUUUUGUUCAAAAUUAGACUAAGUUUAAACUUCAUGAAAUUACUUGUAGCAGAAAUAAAGUACAUUAUACAAAUCACAUACAUAAUAGAUGUUAAGUAUAAAAAUGGUAUUUACAAUAAGUAAACAUGGACUAUAGAAACACACAGACUCUCACAGCUUCAUUCACCUCUCAUAAACUCUCAGCGUCAGACACAGAAGGGUGGUUGAGGAGAUCUGAAGGUACUUAAAGGACUGUGCCACAAACACCUGAACAAAGGGCAAACUGGAGGAGAAUGAGAGUUGGCUGAGAUUCUCCAAAAUCCCCAUAGCCCAUUUCAGUAUCAAUUGCACCAACUUUACCCCACCAACUCUCUUGUCCCUAUUUCAAUGUGCUCACACACCCUCACACACACGUUUGUGGUACCUUAUCAAACUCUGAAUAUUGAAAUCGUUCAUUCCUAAUCACUCUGGGGUUUGUUGGUCUGUUCUGCCUUGCUUUCCUUUCCUUUCCUUACUUUUGUAGAGACUGUUCCAAACUGUUCAAGGGAUGUGCCUUGUCAGGA